AUGAACAACUUUUCUUGUGAACUGUUUCUAAAUUUUAUCGGAUCUGCCUACGAAGUUAAAGACCUUCGUUCGACUUUCAUUGCUAACUGUGUCUUCAACAAUUUUCUAUAUCUCCAUUAUGUUGAACAUUGUUACAGUCUUUGCCAUACGAAAGACAUCUUCGUUACCAAAGACUUUGAAAACAUUGUUGAUGAGUCUCACUGUUUCAGAUGUUGGGGUUCGGUGGUUUGCCCACCCAAUCUACACUUUACUUCUGGUCAGCUUCUUACGAGAGAACAAAAUCAUCUCUAUCACCUAAACUAUGUUCCUCGUCUUUACUCGGUUAUUUGCUUUAGCUCCGUUCCCAGGUGUGGUAGCUGUAAGUGUAGACAGGUUCUUAGCUGUUCACUUCAUAUCGAAUACCAGGAAAUUGUGACUUACAAACUUGAUGUUGCUUCUGUGAUCUCAGCAUGGGUAUCAUGUGCAUUUGUAUUUGCAUUAGCGCUCUUGAUUCUCUAUGAUACGCAAACGUUAGUAACCAACAACGCAAGA